CUUCGUCUUCUUCUUCCAUGGCGGCAACGCCGCCUACCACUACGACUGUGACGAAGAGAUUGCCCUGCAUUCCUCCCCUGCGACUCAGCGCCACGCCCGAACAUAGGGACGACAACCACGAAAGGAGAUGACAUGGAGUGGAAUUUUUGCAUCAGCCGAAGAAGAUGACUUGCUGGAGUCUGAAAACCCAAACACUACCACUCCCAGCAACAAAACUGGACUCCAAAUGUAUCAGCAGCUUGUUUCUGGGGCGAGUCAGAUUUCGUUUGGGGAGGAAGAAGUUGUCUCUACGAAGAAACCAACCACACUACCUGAAGUGGUGAAGCAACGGGAGCUUAGCGGAACCCUUGACGAAUUCAGCAGACCAACCCGCUGGCGACGACCACCAAUGUGGCGGAAAUCUCCUAGCGCCCCCAACAGUGUAGACGCCCGUUUGGCAGAAUCUGUGUCCCCUCACAGAGACGGCGUGGUUUACGAGAACAACUGCAUCUCCCUUGCUCCGGCUAGGGCAGCGAAGGCAGCAGUACAACACUCCCGCGACCCUUGGCAGUAACGAUCGAGUGGAGAUUGCUGAUCGAGAUCCUCAAGGACCUUUUUUAAGUUUUCACUAUGUUUCGUGCAUGAAGUGGAGGGACUAUUGAACUUCUGUAUACUCAGUUUGUGAAUUAUUACUCUUGGGUACAUGCACAAGCCUGAAUCAUCUUCUUAGUUUGUGAGAGUCAAAAUAUAAUUCUUCCUUGUACGCAUUGUUGACAUUGGGAGGAUCCAUUAUACGUCGUAUUGUUGUCAAGCUUAAUCUUAAGAUGAUGAAAUUGAAGUAAUUGGAGCCAUGACCGGAGUUGGAGAUCGCCGCCCAUCGCCGGUCACCGUCGCUGCGCUGAUUGUCGCCUCCUCCACCGCCCACCGGUGGCCGCCAUAGCAAGAUAGAGCUUUUUACUGUUGAAUUUU